AUGAAGCGUAUGAAUACAUACGGUCGAGUAGGAAAGAGAAAAAGAGGAUUCCUAAUUGGUUAUGACCGGAUGACCAGUAAGUAUCACAUUGGGAGUGACAAAAUUUUGACCAACGUAGACAGUCCGACUUCAUGGGUAGAAGGAGCUCGAAACAGGUAUACUAAGUCAAUAAUUUUACAAAAGGAGAGUAGUCUUCUUCUGAAGGAAGUGAUCCAUUGGGGUCAGAAAAACGAAAAGGUUAAUAAAGCUUUUCUCCGUCUGGUGAAAGACUCCCUAAAUUAUAAUCCAUUUAACAUUGGAAGUUUGUUCAAUUUAGUUUAUUUUUACUUUAUGAGAAUUGAGCAUUGUGGGUCUCCAUCUGUGCAGAUACCGACGCGGGAAGAGAGGAGUUGUCUUCUCUAUAGCUACCUCCUUCACUCCAUUUUGCUCCAUAUAUUUAGAGGACAAUUUAGUAGAGAAAAAGCAGCUGUAUUGAAGGGUAGGCCGAGGGGAAGAAACAUAAGAGGAGUUUUUUUUUCCCUCUUUAAGGAAGAGAUGAAAAAACACUCUUUUGAGAUCAGAUUGGUCAGAUGUCUUUGGGACAGAUGGAAUACCAUCCCCUGUAUCAGUGACCAUACGUUGUUAAUAAUUUUUCUCGAAAAUAUGAACAUGCUAUGUAUGAUAAACUGUAGAAUGGGGUUUAUGCGUAAUGUUUUUUAUUACUCCAAUUUUAUGGAGCACCUUGUGCAAUUACGUAGGUUUAGUGGACUUUUGAAGGCGAACUAUUUCUCCCUUUCCGCUAGCCUGUGCAUGGCGAAGGCCGCUUGUUUCGUGCUGACUUGUUCAGGCGAUCAACGGAUUCACCACGUCAUGCGGUUAGGCGAAUUGAAUAGUGCGGAUAUAUGGCUGGCCAAUGCACAAAAGGAAAUAGGAACGCGGAGCCCUAUGGGGGGGGUGGUUGACCUUGCGACGAAGGAUUCUUCUCCCAUCAGAUACUCUACAAGUCAUGCGGAUAAGGAGGGGAACACAGUCGCUGACGACAUCUUGCCUCACACACUACUGAAAUGUGAAGAACGGUUUUUAUCUUUCCUGUUAAGCGAAGAGGAGACAGUCAUGCGGGCCAAAGAUGUGGUCGAGGAGAAUUACAUCCUUGAAGGGAACGUACACCAUUCACUAUCAUCAGUUAUAAAGAGAUUAAACCUCUGCAUAAAUCACUGUCUCAGUCAUCGAGAGUAUCACUCCUUGGCGGAACUUUUAAUGUGGAGGGCCCGGUUAUAUUACCAUGUGGGUUUGUUUCGAGAGUGUCUAUCAGAUACUAGCAAAGUUGCGUUGAUAAACCUACACGCAAGUGCUCCAUUGAGAAUUGAUACAGAGGAAGAGGAAGACGAGGAAGGAGGAGGAACUGGUAACUACUCCUGCUUAGGCUUGAUGCUGUCGUGUUUACAUCGCCUUAACCUCCUGCGCCCGUCUGACUCUUAUCUACUUAUUCCGUUAAUGAGAGGCAAGACGGGGAGUUACACGUGGAAGGGGAAAUCGACCUGCACACGAGCAGACCAUGCGGAGAAGAACCACACCUUUAACAAGAGAGAACAUGCGUACUCUUGGUGUCGGCCUGCCGAGGAUAAAAUCCUCCUCCGUGUCCUCCACGGGAAUAGGAAGAAAAUCCCCUUUAUUCUUUGA